GACGCGUCCACACGCACAGCCGGCAGUUCUCUCUGACCGCAUCCGCAGCAGACAUGAAGGCCCUGUUGAUCCUGAGCUCCGUUGUGGCGAUGGCGCUGGCCAAGCCCGGCUACCUGGGCCUGGGCUACCACCACGCCUACCUGGGGGCGCCGCUGGUGGUGGGCGACGCGCCCGACGUGGCCGCCGCCAAGGCGGCGCACCUCAGCAUCCAGGCGGCGGAGGCGGCGCGCAACACGUUGGGCGUGCCCGCGGCGUCCGUCGUGCCCGCCGACGAGCCGCACGUCGCCGUCGCCAAGGCGGCGCACCUGGCCACGCAGUCGGCCGAGGCGGCGCGCAACACGCUGGGAGUGCCCGUGGUGCCCGCGCCCAUCACUGCCGACGCGCCCGACGUGGCCGCCGCCAAGGCCGCGCACCUCAGCAUCCAGGCCGCCGAGGCGGCGCGCAACACGCUCGGCCUCCCCGCCGUCGCCGCCCCCGCAAUCGUCGCCGCCCGCGGCUACUACGGCUACCCCGUCGGCGGAUACGCCAACAUCGUCAUCGGACCCCAAGGUGUCCCUCUGGACACCCCUGAGGUGGCCGCCGCCAAGGCCGCCAACGCCGUGGCGCACGCCGAGGCCGCCGCCCGCGCCGCCGCCUCCCCCGUGGACCUGGCGUCCGGGCUGCCCGUGGCCGCCUACUACGCGUACGCGGCCGGCGUGCCCGCCGCCUACCGCGUGCACUACGACGGCACCCUGCUCACCCCCGAGGGCGUGCCCGUCGACACCCCCGCCGUGGCCGCCGGCAAGGUCGCCGACGCCGUCGCCCACCUGCAGGCCAAGGCCGCGCUCCUCGGCUGAGCCGCCCACCCCGACCACAGCUCUGACGACGACCGCAGCCUACGCCAACGCCACUAGUCCUCUACACUACUUCUGGAUUUCUGCACUCUAACAGAUACCCGUAAUUUAUGUACAAAUCCUCUUUUUUGCAAAUAAAAUCAGUUGCAAGUGUGUUUUUAUAAAUA